AUGAGCGACACUCUCGAGGGAUCGAAUAAACAAGUAGUGGAGGAAUUUGACCCUCCUUCUGAGAUCUAUCCUUCCCUAGAAGCUGCUUUAAUUCUUGCUUAUGGUUGGCAAUGUAAUGAAAAUGGAAGUUUUGUGCCAAUUGCAAGGACAAGUUGGAGACUUCAUCCCUCAGCUGCAAAGCUUUCAGUUAGUGCUGGGAAUCAACAGCUGGUUUCCGAGUAUGCUUUAUUGAUGAGGAGAAUGGAAAUAGAGAAUCGCCUUGCCAAGAAACUAGGACACUGCUGA